AUGCUUUCUGUGCACAGCUGUGAGUCCCAGCUGCCUUUACACUCAGUUGACUCCAACCACUCUACCACAGCCCCAGGCCCCAGGGGGAAGACAUCUGUAAUGUACAUCCAGACCACGACUUUGACCAUCUCUGUGAGCCUGAGUGCCUCUGUGUCUCUGGGAAUGCUCUACAUGCCAAAGGUCUACGUGGUCCUUUUCCACCCGGAGCAGAACGUGCCGAAUCGCAAGCGCAGCCUCAAGGCUGUAGUCACCGCAGCCACCAUGUCCAACAAGUUCCCCACCAAGGCUGGCCUCCGUCCCAACGGAGAGGCCAAGUCUGAGCUCUGUGAAAGCCUGGAGACACAAGCAUUGGCCUCCAAGCAGACAUACAUCAGCUACAGUAACCAUGCCAUCUAAGAGACAGACAGUGGAACUCCGGCUUGGAAGCAUAGCAAGGACCUGCCCGUGGGGUGAACAAACACCAAAAACUGGAGCACCAAGAUGCAAGAGCAGUGGCAAAGGUGGAGAAAUGAGAAUGAGAAUAAUCACUCAACAUACAGAACUGAUGUCACUAUUUUCAAAAGGACAAGGCAAGGCAAAUAUAUUGAAUGCCAAACAAAAGCAGUGCGGGGUGGGGAAGUGGGGAUGUCAGGUAGACAGUGAUGUCUCCCCUCCCCAUCCUCCUUGUGACAUGUCAGAUACACCAGGCAAUUACAUUUCCAAAUUCAGUCAGAGCCAAUGACUUCAAUUCAGUGUUUUCCUUCUGGAGUUUAUAUAACAGCAUUUCUCUUCUGGUGUUUUGUCUGAAGCUGACUAACACCCUCUUCGGUAAGAGUGAAUUGAGUUUUCUCUUUGUGUGCAGCAGUGUUGUGUCUCUCUCUACCAGUAAUAAUGUGCAAUUAUUUGCCUCCCUUUCUUCUCUGUCCUUUCCAAUGCGGGUGAAAUGCUGAACAUAAUAUCAAAUUAGUCAAAGCUGUCAAAAGUAGAUGAAAAAGUGUGUUGUUGGUGUGGGGUAAGUCUUCAUUCAAGGCCAAAAUAAACAAAUAUUAAUCCUCAUGCUCUGUAACAUUAACAUUAUGUUGUCAUCAUUUUAAUGAAGGUCAUAGUUGUGAAACAGAGCCAACAAGUAUGCACCUUUCCAACCUUUAACAUGUAUGAAUAUUCAGUGUUACAGCAGGGGUCCAAUAAGUGUUUUCUUAACAUUUUGUACAUCAAAUAAAGCGAUGGAUUUUCACAGAUGAUAGUGAUAUCAUAGCUGACACCAUCUUUACGGGCUUAUAUACAGUCAUAGAGCAUGCCUCUGGGAGCAUAAUAUGUACUGUGCUGUGUUUUCAAAAUCUAUUAAAUCCAACAUGUGUGAGGAUUGUGGUUCAACAGACACAGUGGCAUUAUCAUGUUUUGACUAUUACACACAUGGUACCUUAUGCAGAUGAAUGCAGAUUAGAAUACAUGAAAAGGCAUAAAAACGGGCUAAAAAGUCAAAGUCUUGUAUGUUCAACACCGCCUACUUUUCAGUGAAAUACAGCUUCAAGACUACAGCCCAUAGACAGCCAUGCACUGCCUCAGUGUAUUCAUGCUGGCAUUCUCACACGUGAGAAUAUCAUUUCAUGGUCUUGUUUAACUAGAAAUUCACCAGUUCCAUCUCAACGUGACAAAUUUGGAAUCUGUAACAGAUAUGUCUAACAUAUAGCUAGCUCUUGGCGAUAUGUUAAGUAAUGGUACAAAACACUAUUUGGAGCAUCAGCAGUGUACUCUGUCUAGUGUGCACCAUCCUUGGUUACGUUAUUGACUCAUUUGCCAUGCACCUGUGAUUUCCGUAAUAGUGCUUGUUCCCUUAAUGUUGUUCAGAGAAAGGAAGUCCCUCCACAUCCACAUGAGGGAAUUGGGUUUAAAAUCCCCUAAGGACGAUAUACAUGCCUGUGUGGAAAUCUAAUUAGCAUAAUAACAAAAUACCCAUAAGAAUCUGUCAGUUUAAGCUAGAGAUAUCUGUUUGUUUGCAUUGGAUGCAUCUGAAUCCACCGCAUCCAGCAAUUUAACACUUCUGCAUCUGCGUUGAAAGGUGACAGAGUUAGAGAGGUGUUUGACAGACCAUGAGACAUCCCGAAAUAACAAUUUGGACGCUACAAUUAUUGGUCUUUUCACAAAACCGUCUGAACGGUUUGGCGUAAAAGCUAUUAUGACCCCUCUAUGCAAAGAUGAGACUCUCACGAACAGGAUGUUGUUUCCUGUUUUGGAAUAACACGAACAUGUCAGUGGUUUUGCUCUACGAACCCUACAAGCGACCCCCUGUAUCGUCUGAAGUCCGUACGACCGAUCUACCAACAUCUGUCUGUAGAGUCCGAACAGUUCGGGCUAUGUACUAAUAACCUGUGUAAAGGUGAGACUCUGACAAACAUGUAAAUGUUGGUUUGUUGCUCUUGGAUGCGCACAGACCUCACAAGAAUCGUCUGAAGGUCCUCCGGUACCAGAUGAAAAAUUUAAUGGAAGUAUAUACAGUGCAAUCGGAAAGUAUUCAGAACCCUUGACUUUUUUCCUGAUCAACCCACACACUAUACCCAAU